AUGAGUUCAUCUAAUUCCAAUAACCGGGAUGCGGUUACUUCAGCCAUUGACCAGCUUUCGAUCAAUUCUCCUAAGGAGUCGAAUUCCCCACCAAUUUCAUCUAGUCAUGGGCAAUUAUCUAGUGAUAUUCAGGCUAGAAUAAAAGCAUUUCAACAGAAUCGUAUCAAUAAACCACCGCCAUCGAAUGCCAACUCUCCCCCCAUUAAUAACUUUAGUUCUAUGAGUGCCCCCAACUUGGACCAAACCGUGGGCCAAUCGUUACAAUCUCCUCAACACUCGGCCCACACGUCACCUUCUGCUCAACAUCCAGAUUAUUCUCAAAGAUCACUUUCUCAGAGUGACGCUGCCGCUAAGGAUUUGAUUCCUUCUCCCUUACCUAAUUCUCCUCGUCAACAAAGCUACCAAUUUCCUUCGGGCGCAACAACCCCAACCAAUCCAACCAACCCAAUCAAUCGAUUACCUUUUAGUCCGGAUAAAGCACAAGCGUUUGACUUGAGCAAAAAACCUUCUUUGAGUCAAAGAAGAGGAAUGAAGAUAUCAAUGCCAGAUUUAAACUUAAACCAAUCCCCUCAACAAGACUCAAAUUCCGGUAAUGACGAUGUCGCAACUUCUGGGUUAAACCGAAAAUUAUCUGAACGUAGAAAACCAAAAAAUUUGUCGUUGAAUUUAUCUGAUUUAACCGGGAACAACUCUGGGAAUACGUCGGAUAUUUCUUCUGUUUCUUCAUCUUCAAAUUCUUCUCAAACAAAUCUUGAUUCGAAACCAUUACCCAAUUCAAACCAAUCGAAUAGUGCCGAUUCGAAAAAACAGCAACUUCACGGAUUAUUUGCAAAUUAUUCAAAAUACGUUGAUAUCAAAUCAGGAUCGCUUAAUUUUGCCGGUAAAGCUUCUUUGCAUUCAAAAGGGGUUGAUUUUUCGUCCGGCUCGUCAUUUAGAAUUUCUUUGGAUGAAUUGGAAUUUUUGGACGAAAUAGGCCACGGUAAUUAUGGUACAGUUUCCAAAGUCUUACAUAAACCAACUGGCGUAACCAUGGCCAUGAAGGAAGUUCGUUUGGAAUUGGAUGAAAACAAAUUCACUCAGAUUUUAAUGGAGUUGGAAAUCUUACAUAAAUGUGAUUCUCCUUACAUUGUUGAUUUUUAUGGGGCAUUUUUCGUUGAAGGUGCAGUUUAUAUGUGUAUGGAACAUAUGGAUGGUGGUUCUUUAGAUAAAAUUUAUACCAAAGACGUUGGUGUUACUAGUGAACCUUGUUUGGCUUAUAUCACCGAAUGUGUCAUUCGAGGUUUAAAAGAAUUAAAGGACACGCAUAAUAUUAUUCAUCGUGAUGUUAAACCAACAAAUAUCUUAAUUAAUACCUUAGGUAAAGUUAAGUUAUGUGACUUUGGGGUAAGUGGUAAUUUAGUUGCUUCUUUAGCUAAAACUAAUAUUGGUUGUCAAAGUUAUAUGGCUCCUGAAAGAAUUAAGUCGGUUAAUCCAGAUGAUUCUACUUAUUCAAUUCAAUCGGAUAUUUGGUCCUUGGGUUUAACCAUUUUAGAAAUUGCUGCUGGUCAUUAUCCUUAUCCUGCAGAAACUUACGAUAAUAUUUUCAGUCAACUAAGUGCCAUUGUUGAUGGUGAUCCUCCAAAAUUAGAUUCGAAACGUUUUUCAAAAGAAGCUCAAUUAUUUGUCAAAUCUUGUUUGAAUAAAAAUCCCGAUUUAAGACCUUCUUAUGAUACUUUAUUAAACCACCCUUGGUUAAUUAAAUAUCGUAAUGUUGAUCCUAAAAUGAGUGAAAUUGUCACCGAAAAAGUUAAAGAAUUACAAGAAGAAAAAGAAAAGAAAUUAUCCAGAUCUAAUAGUCAUAAAAAACAACCAAACUUAUCGAAUGUUAAAAAAGAAAAUGUUCAUACCUUAUUGAAAAAUAAAGUUAAUGCUCCUGCCUUACAUAGAGGUGGAUUGCCUCAACAAAAUAGAAGAUUUAGAUGA